CCCAUGGCUUACAAUGCAAAAACAGGGGAUGCACAGGGCUGAUUCUGAAAAGGCUGAGAAACGAGAAACAUAACCUGAAUAGAUCAUGACAACAAAAUUUAAAACACCUAAGCUUUCAUUGUGUAUUUUAAACAUGAUAAUGAAAAGAAUAAGAAACUCGGAGAGAAAAAGAAACUUAGUUUCAGUUCCCAAAGCCGGUGUGAAUCAAGAAUGUGAUUCUAGUCCUGAAGAAAAACUUCCUCAGGAUAUGAAAUCAGAGAAAUCACAAGAUGCAAAUUUGCUGGCUUUUGAUGCAGAGAAUCUGACUUACAAAGUGAUUCAAACUAACAGAAAAUCGAGCUUGCCUGGAGAAAAGAAAUUAAAUUUAAAAAAGCUUAAACGAGAAAUAGUAGCAGCUGGUUCUGAAACACACUUAAAAAAUAAGUCUAAGUUGAAGGGAACUGUAAGCUUGGAAAUGAUGAAAGAAGAAUUAAAACAAUUGGAAGAUUUACCAUUAACGAAAUGGGAAAUGGAUUUAAUGUCAGCUAGACUUCCAUAUUCUUUUUUUGAUACCCCUUGUGAACAACUGGCGCAAAAUCUUCUUGGCAAAAUCCUUGUGCGGAAAUUGGAAAAUGGAACAAUUUUAAAAGGCAGGAUCGUAGAAACCGAAAGCUAUUUAGGAACAAUAGACAAAGCUUCACACACAUAUCAAUAUAGGGUUUCUCCUCGAAAUUUACCAAUGUAUAUGCCACCAGGAACUAUUUAUGUUUACUUCACGUAUGGAAUGUAUCACUGCUUCAAUCUCUCUAGCCAGGAAGCAGAAUCAAGAGUACAAAUUAGAUCCGUUGAACCUUUAAUCGGCCUCGAAUACAUGGAACUUUUACUCAAUACUCAAGAAAAAGAGGGUCAAAAAGAGAAAGAAAUGGUUGAAAAUAUUCAAAAUUACAAAACACAAGAUUUAUGCAAUCACCCUUCAAAAAUUUGCACUGCUUUCAAUAUCGAAAAAGAUGAAUUUAACGAAAAACUCAUAACGCAGUCUACCGAACUUUGGAUCGAAAAAGACUCUAAACCAAAGUCGCUGAUAAUUUUAUCACUUCCAAAUCUAGAAAUUAAUCCAAAAGCAAACCCAAUGCAUGGAAAAAGAUGUCGUUAUUUUAUAUCUGGAAGUCCAUUUCUCAGCCAAAAUUACCAGUCUGAUGAAAAAUUCAAUUCCUAAGAA